CUUUCUCUCUCUCUCGGCCGGUGAAAUACGAGUGGUAAGCGCGCGUGGCACCUCCGCUGGCAUGGGUCACAACAGCAGGAUUUGUGUAUACUGAGAACUCAGCAGUAUGAUGGAAGUUAGUGAAGAUCCUUUGCCGUUUUCAAGGCCAAGCAACUCUCACGUUGUUACAUGGCUGGAUUUUCUGCUCGACGAUUCCCUACUUGAAAAGCACCUCUCCAGGGAAAAACCAGAUCCUCCUCCGUACGAGCUUGUGAUUCAGUUUUUGGCAAAUGCUACUGAGCCACCAUCUCAAGGGCCAAAUGGAGGCACUGUGCAGCAGGGUAACGGCCUCCAAGGCAUGGUCAACCUAGAUGGCACGCCAAAUGAACCAGGAAAUUGUUCACCUGAAGAAGAGCCAGGGAGCCGGAAGUCUCUGCCUCUCAAGUUGCUGGCCCUGAAAGCAAUAGCUUUUCUACAUUGGAACAUGGAUCUCUGCGAGCAGAAGCUGCCACUGACAAUGCAACAGACAUUGAUUGCAGAGCUCCAGAAAGCAACUUGUUGCUCCGAGCUGAAUGAGGAGCAGAGGCUGAGCAACCCUGAUGCAGCCUUUGCCUACAUGAUCAAGUCUCGCUGGGUUGUGCGCACAGUUGUGCGCUCCUCCAUACCUGUUAAGAGUGCUAAAGGGAUUCCUGUUCAGCUGCCUGGUCAAGUGGACCCAACUGUGGUGACUGCAGAAAUGGCCGAUACAAUUACUAAAAAGGUGGGUGCCACUUUAUUGUUUAGAAGAACAGAAGCUUGGGCGAUUCCUUACUCCUUUUCUCUUUGCUUGCUUCUAAACAAGGACAACUUGGCUUUGACAAUACUGUUGUCGUGCCUUGCCAGGAUAUAUAAUAUCUUAAGGGAGGACACUGGGUCAGAGGUGUGCCUAGAGUACCCACAGCUGUGGCCAACAGUGAUUAGCAGCCCAUCAAACUAUUGCCGGUCAACAGCGACUGAUGUGUUUCAUGCUACGCUACAGCACUGCCUGGCUACAAACAACUCCCAUGCUGGAUGGGUCAAAGUAUUGGCAGACUUCUCCUAUGCUCAAGGCCACCACUCAGCAGCACUCAAGCAAUAUCUGACUGCCCUGCUCAUGAGCACUGACUACUUCACUCAGCCACCACCAAGGUCCCUCGCAGAUGAUGUCAUGUACAAGAAGAUGGCCCACUGCUGUAGCAAGUUGCAGUGUCACACUCAGGCUGCCCUGCUCUGCCAGUUGAUGGAAGAGCCUGACUAUGGUGCAUCAUUCAAGUCUCUGAAUGAACGCCAGUGCCAGGACAGCUGUGAUUCACUCUAUGAGCAUGUGUUUGAUGUAACACUGCUCGAGUUCCUGGUGCACCUGCACACACGGCGUGGCGAGUUAGAGUCCCGCCAGAAGGCACUUCACUGCAUGGGCUUACUUGAGCUGAAUGCCAGCAACAAUGAAGAGAUCCAGCGAGAAGCUGCCAAUGUGCGCCGGGGAAACUUUCUGCGAGUCAUGGCCCGCCAGUACCUUUAGGCGCAUUUGUCACACAUUCAUGCACUUUAACAGCAGUUUCACAUGGAGCCACAUGCAUCAGAACUUGUUCGACUGUAGCAUUGCAUGACUGCGCUAGAAGUGUGUAUGUACAGCUAUUUGUGUUUCUAUUCAGCAUCUAUUUGUUGUUGCGUAGAUGAAUUAUGUUCAUUUGACCUUCACAGCAGUAAUGAACUUAAUUGAAUUCUUUUUGUCAAAUUAAUAAAGAAGAGGCAGGAUCCAAACACAUCAAGUUGGCAUUCAAGCUAGCAAGUGGCAUCCCUGAGUGUGGUGCAGCACUUGUACCAAAAUUUAUCAUGGUAAAAAGGUGGUAAAUGUGGACUGACCCAUAUUGGGAAAGAAACUGCUGCAUUUAUUUUGUGUCAAGCUAUAUGCAAAGAGAGCAUGGUGCCAUCCAUGAUGAGGCGUACUCAUGGCUUCGAUGGUGAUCUUCAGCUUGGAAAUUGAAGUGGGCAGUUCAUAAAGUUCGUUCAUAGUGUUGCUCUUCGCCUUUCUCCUGCAUUAUCUUAGCUGGAAACCAUUACUAGUGCAUGUGAUAUUUUCAGUAUUUUGCUUUUCUAAACUGUGAUUGGGUGCCAUUGAACUGUAAGGUGCAUCCUUUGCAGUCAGAUGGUCACUCUGAGAUCUCCUUAAACGAACCCUGAAGCGGUUUUGAUGAUUUUCUACAAAUGCACUGAUCAAGUAAAGCAAGUCCUAAGGAUCAGACAGAUUUAAGCUCUCUGCGUCAAGUGUGUAAUUUGUUACAAGACUUUAAACAUGCGAAUCGCUACAGAUCACAGUGGCGCAGCUGAACGAGUUUUUAACUUCCAGUUUCCAAUCUACAUAGCAGUGUUCCAUUAUAUGUAGCACUGGCGGCCGAUCUGAUUGCAUAUGUUCAGUCUAUGUCACUGAGCAUCGGGUGGGCAGCGAGCGUCGUCUGCCUGCAUUGCAACAUGUUCUGUGUUGACAUGAGCUGCACGGCAGUGUUUAUCUCGGUAGUUUAUUUUCUCGGACACGUUGAAUUGCCCUCGCUGUGUUGUGUGCUGCAAAUCUUGCGAUUGGUGACUUGCAAAGCUGCAAUAUCAUGUAAGGCAUGUGGCGAGCGGACUCUCUUCAGCUUGUCGGGGCAGUGAGCGUCGGGCUCUCGCUAUCCGAUCAAUGCCAGGAUCCACGCAUCUGCAGCUGUAGCUUCACACCUGAAGACACAGUCACAUUGCCCAAGUUGAUGCUUAUCAGUGAUCACUCUCAAAUACUUUUUGUUUGUCCACAUACAUCUUGGCGUUUGCAGAUUGUUGGCGUACAGGAGAAUAAAAUAAGAACAGCUGGUAGUUUUGUGGCUCUUGGCGGAGCAGAUCUCAACCACUCCGCAAUCCGCUUCAUCUCCACUGCUUGGUGGUGCACUGCUGGUGUUGAUUGUGGAGGCCAUGGAGAGAGUAGCGCAGCUCAGCCCGUCGAGUAUGUUGCUGUUGCCAGUGACGGCUGCGUGUUCUAUGAGUUCAGGAGGAAAGGCAGUUCCAAAAAGGAGGGUAACAUAUAAUUGCCUGUAGCUGCCUUGAUGCAAGGUGCGUCGUUUAAUUUAUGGUGCAAAAGAUUUGAUGGUGCUGUAGCCUAAACGCUGACAAAAGUUUAAAAAAAAACAUUUCAAGGUCCCUUUAAUGGAUUCAAGAGGCCUGUGAUUGGAUUCAACAAUAUCAUCCGGCUCGCCUAUCAUGUAGUCAUGGAACUUGGUGCAGCCAUGCACAAAGACUAAGGCUUCCUUCUCAAUCUGAGCCUACUCUUGUGCUCCAGUAAUUGACCUUGAGGAGCAUGUGAGAAGAUGCCCAUUUUGUGGUAGGAUUACCCUUACACCAGGCUGGCUGACACCCACCGACAGUCAUACAGGCUUGUCUUGCUUAAAGUAGGCUAGCAAAUGCACUUCCAACAGAGCUUGUAAAGUAUGAAAGCUGGUAAGCAUUUCCAUGCAAUAUCCUUGAGGAGCGGCUCUCUCAAAGAAGGUGCCAGCAACAUGUUGGUUAUGAACCUUGACGUAAAGUUUACCAUCAUGAGGAAACUUUGUUAUUCAUUGGACGACUUGGGGAUUGCCAAAAUGUCCUGCACAUAGUGUGGGUCAAAUUGCAGUCCACUGCAACGAGGACACGUUCUAAGUAAUGCAUUUCUUUCUGAAGAAAGCAACUUAUUUUCAGGGGCGUA